AUGGGAGACUGGAGCUUUCUGGGGAAUAUUUUGGAGGAGGUGAAUGAACACUCCACCGUAAUUGGUAGAGUCUGGCUGACGGUGCUGUUCAUUUUCCGGAUCCUCAUUUUGGGAACAGCUGCUGAGUUUGUGUGGGGGGAUGAACAGUCUGAUUUUGUAUGCAACACUCAGCAGCCUGGCUGUGAAAAUGUCUGCUAUGAUGAGGCCUUUCCCCUGUCCCACAUCCGGCUGUGGGUCCUGCAGAUCAUCUUUGUCUCCACUCCGUCCCUGGUGUAUGUGGGGCAUGCCGUACACCAUGUGCGGAUGGAGGAGAAACGGAAGGAGCGUGAAGAGGCAGAAAUGGGUAGGCAGCAGGAAAUGAAUGAGGAGAGGCUGCCACUGGCUCCAGAUCAAGGGAGUAUACGAACCACCAAGGAAACCAGCACCAAAGGUAUGAAGAAGUUUCGCUUGGAGGGAACCCUUCUCAGAACCUACAUCUGCCACAUUAUCUUCAAAACACUUUUUGAGGUUGGCUUUGUGGUGGGCCAAUAUUUCCUCUAUGGCUUUAGGAUCCUUCCUCUGUACCAAUGUAAUCGGUGGCCUUGCCCUAACACAGUUGACUGUUUCGUCUCCAGGCCAACGGAAAAAACUGUGUUCAUUAUGUUCAUGUUGGCCGUGGCUGCAGUGUCUCUCUUUCUAAAUGUGAUAGAGAUCAGUCACUUGGGCUGGAAAAAGAUUCGUCUUGCAUUCCGAAGGACCACGGACCAACAACCUCACCAGCUGCUGGGAGAAGUUUCUCAGAAGCCGCUACAUUCCAUAGCCAUAUCCUCCAUUCCAAAGUCCAAAGGUUACAAGUUGUUAGAGGAAGAAAAGGUUUCCUCCCAUUUCUACCCAAUGACAGAGGUCGGAUUAGAAGCAAGCCCCCUCCCAGCUCAUUUUAACAGUUAUGAAAAAAGCAGCACAGGCCUACUAGAAGACAUCUCCAAGGCUUAUGAUGAAACUCUUCCCUCCUAUCGUCAAUCUGAAGAACAAGAGGUGGUGAAAGUUCAAGUGGCUGAGACCUUAGAGCAGACUCCUUCUGAGCGUACCCAUUCGGUGCGUGCCCCCUCUGAGCGUGCACUAUCUGAGAGAGCACCAUCCUGCCUGGCUUCUGAGCAUGCAGCUUCAGAACGGGCUCCCUCUGAGCGUGCAGCUUCUGCAAGAAUACCUUCCAACAGUGCACUCUCUGAGAGAGCCCCUUCUGAGCAAGCACUCUCAGAGCGAGCAAUUUCCCGCGCAGCUUACAGGAUUGCACCCUAUGAGCGCACUCACUCUCGGGCAAUGUCCGAGACUGCUACCUCUGAGCGAGCCCCCUCAGAGCGUGCUCUGUCCCGAGCAACUUCCGAGCAUGCCCCUUCUGAGCGUGCAUCCUCAGUGCGAGCUCUUUCAAGGGCAACUUCUGAGAAUGCCCCAUUUGAGCGAGCCCCCUCAGAGCGAGCUCUAUCCCGAGCGACUUCUGAGCAUGCCCCUUCUGAGCGCUCUCCCUCUCGAGCUGCUUCUGAGCCUAUGCCCUCUGAGCAAACAUCUUGGCAAGCAACUUCUGAUCACGCACAGUUAGAUAACCCAUACUUUGAACCCCCUCUAGACAAUGUCCCCCCGCUUGCAGCCUCUGAAAAUGAACAUGUUACUACCCAAACACAUUGUGAACAGGCCCCAGAUGAGUGCUCUCCAUCAAGGGCUUUCUCAGACCAUGCUGGCUCAGAACACGCUCCCUUGCAACAUGGGUUUAUUGAACCUAUGUCACUGAAACCAAGUGUUUGUGAACUGGAAGAUCCAUGCCAAGACCUGCCUUUGUUGAGUUUUGAAUUAAUUCCCGACUCCAGGUCCCUAAGUAGGUUAAGUAAAGCUAGCAGCAGGGCCCGCUCUGAUGAUUUAACUGUAUGA